UCAACAAAAUGGCAUCACAAGACGAAACAGAGAAAAUAGAAAAAAUUUCUGAAAAUCCUUCAGAAACGACAAAUGACAAAAAUGAAAAAGUUGACGACGAAAAAGAUUCCUCAAAAAAACGUCCCGUAUCCGAAGUAUUCCGUAAAAGCUUGAAACGAAACGCUCCCGUAUUUUUCAGAGAAAAACCAAAAUCUGAAGGAACUUUUAAGGAAAAUUUCCGAAAAUCUGCUACUGAUAUGUGGAAAGAUGUUAGAACCGUAUUUGGUCGAAAAACCUCUAACGAAGAUUCGAAAAUGGAAGCACCAAACGAUGACGCAACAAAGGGCGUUGCCUCAGAAGUUGCUGCUGAAGAUAAAAAUGCUCCGAAGGACAACGAAACAAAAUAAAAGUUAUUCCAUUAAGAAAAUUGAGUUCGCGCAAUCUUUUCUCAAGUCAAUAUUUUAGCAGUUUAUCAAAGUGCCAUGGAGCAAAGUUAAAGCAGAAAAUAAAUGAAAUAAGUCAUGAAAAGGGUCAGCAAACAUUUUUCUUCAACU